UUUUCUUUCUGCUCUUUCCCUAUUCCCCCUCUCUUCAGGCGAGCAGAGCGGAGCAGGACUGAGUGAGAGGAGGACAGAGACGCAGACGUGUGCAGACCACAGCACAGCAACUCCACAAAGAGAAGAGAAGAGGAGAGUUUGCAAGGAGAAAAAAAGAGACAAAAAACAGCUUCUUCUUUAAAAAAGAAAAAAAGAAAAAAAAACACCCAUCAGAACUGAUUCACUGUAGUGGACAUCACAGCUGCAGCAAAAAAGAAAUCUAGAGGAACAAAAAGGAUUUGCUUUGCUUCACAGCUAAGAAGAAAAUAGUAGCAUUUAGUUUUAGAUUUUGCCAUUUUCCCCCUUGUUUAUAUCUGCAGUAAUUGUAGUAGACUUGCAGGGUGUAACAGGACUCUUUUGUUUUUUUUUAUUUUGUUUUUAUAUUUUUUUUUUUGCAGAGAGGUAGGGAGAGAAAGGUGGGCAGACAGUUGUAGGGUUGUUGAAGAAGAGCUGCAGUGGUGCUGAUCAUGCCCGUUAGAGGAAGCUGUGCUGGGGCAGGCAUGGGCAGGCUGGCUGGGCUGCCACUCUGGAUGUGGGCGCUUGUGCUCUCUGCCGUGGUUUUUGGCAAUGCCAGCGCCUGUCCAGCCCUGUGUACCUGCAGCGGCACCACAGUGGACUGCCAUGGACUGGGCAUCAAAACCAUGCCAAGGAAUAUACCCCGCAACACCGAAAGACUGGAGCUGAAUGGGAAUAAUCUCACACGCAUCACCAAGAGCGACUUCGCCGGACUCAAGUACCUCCGUGUUCUGCAGCUGAUGGAGAACCAGAUUGGGGUGAUUGAGCGUGGAGCUUUUGAUGACAUGAAGGAGCUGGAGAGACUGCGUCUGAACCGUAAUCAACUGCAGCAGCUUCCUGAGUUGUUGUUUCAGAAGAACCCUGCCCUGUCCCGACUAGACCUGAGUGAGAACUUCAUCCAGUCCAUCCCCAGAAAAGCUUUCAGAGGAGCCACAGACAUCAAGAACCUUCAGCUGGAUAAAAACCACAUCAGCUGCAUUGAGGAUGGAGCCUUCAGAGCUCUGAGAGGCUUAGAAGUGCUAACACUGAACAACAACAAUAUCACCAGCAUCCCCGUGUCCAGCUUCAACCACAUGCCCAAACUACGCACCUUCCGACUCCACUCCAACAAUCUGAACUGUGACUGUCACCUCGCCUGGUUGGCCCAAUGGCUCAGACAGAGGCCCACCAUUGGUCUAUUCACCCAGUGCACCGCCCCACCUGCACUCAGAGGCCUCAAUGUGGCAGAGAUACAGAAACAUGAAUUUACCUGCUCAGGUCACCAGGAGAACUCAGGCCUGCAGCAGUGCAGCAUAGGCGGCGGCUCCUGUCCUGCCAUGUGCACCUGCAGCAACAACAUCGUGGACUGCAGAGGGAAAGGGCUCACCGCCAUCCCAGCCAACCUGCCAGACAGCAUGGCCGAGAUACGUCUGGAGCAGAACGGCAUUAAGUCUGUUCCUCCCGGAGCCUUCUCUCCCUACAAGAAGCUGCGUAGGAUAGACUUGAGUAACAACCAGAUCUCUGAGAUAGCUCCUGAUGCCUUCCAGGGCCUGCGCUCCCUCAACUCCCUCGUGCUGUAUGGAAAUAAGAUCACAGAGCUGCCCAAGGGGGUGUUUGAUGGCCUCUACGCCCUGCAACUACUGUUGCUGAAUGCCAAUAAGAUUCACUGCGUCCGCGCCAACACCUUCCAGGACCUGCAGAAUCUCUCACUGCUAUCGCUGUACGACAACAAGAUCCAAACCCUCGCCAAGGGCACCUUCACUUCACUGAGAGCUAUACAGACGCUUCACCUUGCCCAGAACCCAUUUAUCUGUGAUUGUAAUCUGAAGUGGCUGGCAGACUACCUGCGCUCCAACCCCAUAGAGACCAGUGGUGCCCGCUGUGCCAGCCCACGCAGACUGGCGAACAAACGCAUCGGACAGAUUAAGAGCAAGAAAUUCCGCUGCUCUGCCAAAGAGCAGUACUUCAUCCCAGGUACGGAGGACACUCGUCUGAAUAACGAGUGCAACAACGAUCCAGUGUGUCCUCCCAAGUGCCGCUGUGAGUCCAACGUCGUGGACUGCUCCAACCUGAAGCUCACCAAGAUCCCUGAGCACAUCCCGGCCUCCACCACUGAGCUCCGCCUCAACAACAAUGAGAUCACCACUCUGGAGGCAACAGGGGUGUUCAAGAACCUCUCUCAGCUCAAAAAGAUUAACCUCAGCAACAAUAAGAUCACGGAAAUUGAGGAUGGGGCAUUUGAAGGGGCGGCAUCUGUCAAUGAGCUCCACCUCACAGCCAAUCAGAUCGACUCGGUGCGCAGCGGGAUGUUCCGCGGCCUAGAGGGAUUACGUAUGCUGAUGCUGAGGAACAACAAGAUCAGCUGUGUCCAUAACAACAGCUUCACAGGACUGCACAACGUCCGUCUGCUGUCUCUUUACGACAACCAGCUGACGACCAUCACUCCCGGAGCCUUCGACACACUGCAGACCCUCUCCACCCUAAACCUCUUGGCCAACUCCUUCAAUUGUGACUGCCGCCUGGCCUGGCUCGGUGACUGGCUGAGAAGCAGGAAGAUUGUGACAGGCAACCCUCGCUGCCAGCGGCCUGCUUUCCUGAAGGAGAUCCCACUGCAGGACGUGGCUCUGCCCGACUUCCGCUGUGAGGAGGGCCAAGAGGAGUCAAGCUGUGUGCCGAGGCCACAGUGUCCUAGUGAGUGUACAUGCCUGGAGACUGUGGUACGCUGCAGCAACAAACACCUCCGCACGCUGCCCAAAGGCAUCCCCAGAAAUGUUACUGAGCUGUAUCUGGAUGGAAAUCAAUUCAGCAUGGUGCCAAAGGAACUGUCUACAUUCAAAUACCUACAACUGGUAGACCUGAGCAAUAACAAGAUCAACUCUCUAACCAACUCGUCCUUUGCUAACAUGAGCCAGCUCACCACUCUGAUCCUGAGCUACAACUCUCUGCGUUGUAUCCCCGGAAUGGCCUUCAGCGGGCUGCGCUCUCUGCGAUUGCUGUCUCUCCAUGGCAACGAAAUCUCAGAGCUUCCAGAUGGCAUCUUCAACGAUGUGGCCUCACUGUCCCACCUGGCCAUUGGUGCCAACCCACUGUACUGCGACUGUCGCCUACGUUGGCUGUCCGACUGGGUGAAGACUGGUUACAAAGAGCCUGGCAUUGCUCGCUGUGCCGGCCCACAGGGCAUGGAGGGCAAGCUGCUGCUCACAACACCUGCCAAGAAGUUUGAGUGCCAAGGCGAUGUGGACACUGCAGUCCUGGCCAAGUGUAACCCCUGUCUGUCCAGUCCCUGUCUGAACCAAGGCAUCUGUCACAGUGACUUGGUAGAGAUAUACAGGUGCAGCUGUCCUCCAGGAUUCAAGGGAAAGAACUGCGAGACAGCUCUGAAUGCUUGUGUGAGUAACCCAUGUGCCAAUGGAGGAACAUGCCAAGUCAAAGAGGAUGAUGAGGGAGCAUACAGUUGUUCCUGUCCACUGGGCUUUGAGGGCCCGACUUGCCAAACAAACAUUGACGACUGUGAAGACAACGACUGUGAGAACGGAGCCACAUGCAUCGAUGGAGUCAAUAACUACACCUGCCUCUGUCCCCCCUACUACACAGGAGAAAUGUGUGAAGAGAUGGAGGAUGUGUGUGCCCCAGGACGGAGCCCCUGCAAACAUCAGUCUACCUGCCUCAUCACCUCCACUGGGCCCAAGUGUAUGUGCUCUCCUGGCUACAUUGGCGAUGACUGCAGUGUAGACUAUGACGAUUGUGAUGAGCAUCGAUGUCAGAACGGAGCUGAGUGUGUGGAUGAACUCAAUGGGUAUUCCUGCAUCUGCCCUGAAGGAUACAGUGGUCAGUUGUGUGAGGUGCCGCCAUCUCCACUGUCCCUGUGUGAGCUGGCUGACUGCCAGAACGAUGCCCCCUGUGUGGAACGAGGUGGCCGCGCCUUGUGCCAGUGUCUUCCAGGGUUUGGUGGGCCACGUUGUGAGAAACUGGUCAGCGUCAACUUCAUAGACAGAGACUCCUACCUACUGCUGUCUGACCUCAAAAACUGGCCUCAAGCUAACAUCACCCUACAGGUGUCCACAGCAGAAGAUAAUGGUAUCUUGCUGUACAAUGGAGACAAUGACCAUAUUGCUGUGGAGCUCUACCAAGGUCAUGUCAAGGUCAGCUAUGACCCUGGCAGCCAGCCAGGACAUGCCAUCUACAGUACUGAGACCAUCAACGAUGGCCAGUUCCACACAGUGGAGCUGGUGACCUUUGACCAGAUGGUGAACCUGUCCAUUGACGGGGGUCUCCCUACCACCAUGGACAGUUUUGGGGCGGUGCGGCCCCUCAACGGGGAGGCUCCGCUAUACGUGGGGGGCAUGCCGGUGGACGUGCACUCAGCAGCUUUCCGGCUCUGGCAGAUCCAGAAUGGUUCCAGUUUCCAUGGUUGUAUUCAGAACCUGUACAUCAACAAUGAGCUCCAGGACUUCACCAAGACCCAGAUGAAGCCUGGCGUGGUGCCAGGCUGUGAGCCCUGCAGGAAGAUCUACUGUCUACAUGGCAUCUGCCAGCCUGAUGGGGUCCAGGGACCAGUGUGUCACUGCCAGCCAGGCUGGAGCGGGCCCCACUGUGACCAGCCUGCUACCAACCCUUGCCAGGGCAGCAAGUGUGUCCAUGGAAAGUGCAUCCCACUGGACAAUCAGUCAUACCGCUGCGAGUGUGUGGAGGGUUACCGUGGUGCUCUGUGUAACCAGCAGGGGGAACUGUUCAACCCCUGCCGCCGCUUGGCCUGCAAACACGGCCGUUGCCAGAUCUCUGACACAGGAGAUGCCUACUGUCACUGUGAGAGUGGAUACACUGGAGAACUCUGUGACACAGAGUCUGAGUGCCGAGGGGAGCCAGUGCGAGACUUCUACCAGGUACAGCGGGGCUACGCCAUCUGCCAGACAACACGCAUGGUCUCCUGGGUGGAAUGCACCGGGGCUUGUGACACGGGGGCAUGCUGCGCCAGCCAGCGAAUGAAACGCCGGAAAUACACCUUUGAAUGCAGCGAUGGAACCUCCUUCAGCGAGGAAGUGGAAAAGACCAUCAAGUGUGGCUGCGUGGGCUGCAUGUAGCACCAUUCACACACACUUGCCACCGCUGCCACCAAGCAGAAGAUAGACAGGAAGGAAGGAAAAGAGAGGACUGGAGGAAAGUGAGGGAAGGAGAGGAGGAGAGGAAAAGAGAGAGAUUAUAAAGAAAUAUAUAUAAAACCUCUAUCUAUAUAUUAUGGACAACAAUGUUUGUAAAAUAGGACAUUUCCUCCCCUUCCAAGGGUGUGUGACCUACAGUAACACAGAGAAACCAACAACAUCAACAACAAUAUAGAGAAGUGACAACAGCAACCAAACCAAUGUAUCUGCAACAUUGUUCCAAGGAGUCCAGAGAUUUCAAAGGUGUUGUAUUCAGAGUGAGAAAUCCCUCCAAACCCAAUUACCCAGUGUGAAUUCCCCAUCCAUCUGUGAGGCCUCUGACAGCCUAGCCACCAUCUACCAUCUUUACUUCCUGAAGGCAAUGAGGACAGUGUGGUCUGGCCUGGCAAGGAAUGGCAGGAGGACACAUUAAUAGAGAGGGGGGAUAAAAGGCGAAAGAGAGAGAGAAAGAGGGAUGGGUGUAUAAGAGGAGAGCUGGACCGUUUGACUUGGCAAAGCUAUCUUGAGUUGAGCUUGGCUGGGCUUAGCUGGACUGGGCUGUAUCUGGCUUGGGUUGAGUUAAAUCUGUUGUUGGUUUGGUGUAGUAAUGAUCCUGCCGGGAUACAGUCAUUUAUCCACACAUGCACAUGUAGAACUGAACAGAGGAAGGUAGGGUUAGAGUGGCACAUAAUCCAGUGCGGAUGUGAUGGCUUCAAGGCCAGGUGGUCUGGUGUCACAGUUGUGUGAUGUGACUUACCUUUCAUAGACACUCCAUACGUAUAGAGACUGCACUGACUAGCAGCACUGAGAACUACAGUCAUACACCCCUCCAAAGUACAUUAUUACACAUGCAUGGCAUACAUAAAUGCAUCGACACAUACAUCCACACACACCAACAGUCACUAGUCGCAGUGAGAGGGCUUGUGUGGUGCAACUAUCUAUUCUGUUCAUACAGGAAACCAAUCUAGCGCGGGCAGUGCCCGGUAGUUAUCAGUCCCCCAGCAUGCAUUGCCUCGGGGUUAGGAUGAUUUGCAUAAUCCCUCCCCCUUUGAGCAGGAGGACGUUUAGCCUUCCUCCCCUCGAUGCCUGCAGUAUUAAACUUGUGCAAACUGUUGCAUGUGUGGAGAAGAGUUUGCCAAUGAAUAUGUAGAGCUUCUUAAUAUCAUCAUAAUGUUAUUACAAAACAAAAAGGUUGCAGAAUUGUUUUUCUGAUUUUUGUUUUAUGUCUAAUUUCUUAUAAUUGAUUUAUUUUAUUUUUGUCAUAUUUUGUUUCAUGAUGUAACCUAACUCCUUUAGCCCUGCCCCCCUCCCCUUUAUACAGAAAUGCCUAACAGAUUCUAAUAUAUAUAUAUUUGUAUUUCAUUUUGGUAUAGUAUUUUUCUAUGUUAAAGAGUAAGUCUGUUUUUCUGGAAGCUUUGGGACUGGUGGAAUGGCAUUCAAUUGGUUCCCUAGGUGUUUUUAUUUGUUGAUCUCACUUGCUCCAACUAGCUAAUUUGUAAUUGGCCAAAAAGACAGCAGUUGGCCUUGUUGUAUAGGAGGCAGUAUUGGUCUAGAAAUGUUUAAUAUUGUAUAUGUUGUCUUCCAUGUGAAUAUUACAUCUAAUUCAUUGAGAGUCUGUGCUUGUUUUUAUUCCUUUAUUUAUUUUAUCUAAAGGCUUUUCCCUGUAGAAAGUGAAAGGCAUAAAUGUUGCUGACUUUCGAAUAUUUUCAAAAAUUUUAAAAAGAAGAAAAAAA